GCGGCCGAGGCGCGGGGCGGCGGCGGCGGCCGGGCCGGCCCCAUGGCGCGGGGGGACGCUGGCCGCGGCGGCGGGCUCCUCGCGCUGACCUUCUGCCUGCUGGCCGCGCGCGGGGAGCUGCCGUUGCCCCCGGAGAUGACUGUGGAGCUGAGCUGUGGAGCAGGGCCACUGCAGGUGAUCCUGGGCCCAGAGCAGGCCGUGCUGCUGGACUGUAGUCUGGGUUCUGCCGCUGCCGGACCCCCCACCAGCGUCACGUGGAGCAAGGAUGGAGGUGUCCUGCCAGAGUAUGACUACCUGCGCCUGCUGCCCAAUGGCUCCCUGUGGCUGUCCCAGCCGCUAUCACCCGCUGGCAGUGAUGAGGCAGCCCCUGGGGCCUCUGAAGUCAUCGAGGGAAGCUAUUCCUGCCUGGCCCAUGGCCCCCUAGGAGUGGUGGCCAGCCAGGCUGCGGUGGUCAAGCUUGCCACACUCGCAGGCUUCUCUCUGCACCCGGAGUCUCAGACGGUGGAGGAGAACGGCACAGCUCGAUUUGAGUGCCACAUUGAAGGGCUGCCAGCACCCAUCAUUACUUGGGAGAAGGACCAGGUGACAGUGCCUGAGGAGCCUCGGCUCAUUACUCUUCCCAACGGGGUCCUCCAGAUCCUGGACGUUCAGGAGAGUGACGCAGGCUCCUACCGCUGUGUAGCCACCAACUCAGCCCGCCGGCGCUUCAGCCAGGAGGCCUUACUCAGCGUGGCCGGGAGAGAGUCCCUGGCAUCCACCAGGGGACAGGACGUGGUCAUUGUGGCAGCCCCCGAGAACACCACCGUGGUGUCUGGCCAGAGUGUGGUGAUGGAAUGUGUGGCCUCGGCUGACCCCACCCCUUUCGUGUCCUGGGUCCGACAGGACGGGAAGCCCAUCUCCACGGAUGUCAUCGUCCUGGGCCGUACCAACCUACUAAUCGCCAGCGCGCAGCCCCGGCACUCUGGCGUCUAUGUCUGCCGCGCCAACAAGCCCCGCACGCGCGACUUCGCCACCGCCGCCGCGGAGCUCCGCGUGCUGGCGGCCCCUGCCAUCUCGCAGGCGCCCGAGGCGCUGUCGCGGACGCGGGCCAGCACGGCGCGCUUCGUGUGCCGCGCGUCCGGAGAGCCGCGGCCCGUGCUGCGCUGGCUGCACGACGGGGCGCCGCUGCGGCCCAACGGGCGCGUCAAGGUGCAGGGCGGCGGCGGCAGCCUGGUCAUCACGCAGAUUGGCCUGCAGGACGCCGGCUACUACCAGUGCGUGGCCGAGAAUGGCGCGGGCACGGCGUGCGCCGCAGCACCGCUGGCCGUGGUGGUGCGCGAGGGGCUGCCCAGCGCCCCCACCCGGGUCACGGCCACGCCGCUGAGCAGCUCCGCGGUGCUGGUGGCCUGGGAGCGGCCAGAGCUGCACAGCGAGCAGAUCAUCGGCUUCUCCCUGCACUACCAGAAGGCACGGGGCAUGGACAACGUGGAAUACCAGUUUGCAGUGAACAAUGACACCACAGAGCUCCAGGUUCGGGACCUGGAACCCAACACUGAUUAUGAGUUCUACGUGGUGGCCUACUCCCAGUUGGGGGCCAGCCGCACCUCCACCCCGGCGCUGGUCCACACGCCGGAUGAUGUCCCCAGCGCAGCACCCCAGCUCUCCCUGUCCAGCCCCAACCCCUCGGACAUCAGGGUGGCGUGGCUGCCCCUGCCUCCCAGCCUGAGCAAUGGGCAGGUGGUGAAGUACAAGAUAGAGUACAGUUUGGGAAGGGAAGCAGAUCAGAUUUUCUCCACCGAGGUGCCAGGGAAUGAGACACAGCUUACACUGGACUCGCUUCAGCCCAACAAGGUGUAUCGAGUGCGGAUUUCGGCUGGCACAGGGGCUGGCUAUGGGGCCCCCUCCCAGUGGAUGCAACACAGAACGCCCAGUAUGCACAACCAGAGCCACGUCCCUUUUGCCCCUGCAGAGUUGAAGGUACGGGCAAGGAUGGAGUCCCUGGUCGUGUCGUGGCAGCCACCCCCUCACCCCGCCCAGAUCUCUGGCUACAAACUGUACUGGCGGGAGGUGGGGGCCGAGGAAGAGGCCAAUGGUGAGAGCCCCCCAGGGGGCCGUGGAGACCAGGCUUGGGAUGUGGGGCCUGUCCGGCUCAAGAAGAAGGUGAAGCAGUAUGAGCUGACCCAGCUAGUCCCUGGUCAGCUGUACGAGGUGAAGCUUGUGGCAUUCAACAAACAUGAGGACGGCUAUGCAGCAGUGUGGAAGGGCAAAACGGAGAAGGCUCCCACGCCAGACCUGCCCAUCCAGAGGGGGCCGCCGCUGCCUCCUGCCCACGUCCACGCGGAAUCAAACAGCUCCACGUCCAUUUGGCUUCGGUGGAAAAAGCCAGACUUCACAACAGUCAAGAUUGUCAACUACACUGUGCGCUUCAGCCCCUGGGGGCUCAGGAAUGCCUCUCUGGUCACCUAUUACACCAGCUCUGGAGAAGACAUCCUCAUUGGCGGGCUGAAGCCAUUCACCAAAUACGAGUUUGCCAUACAGUCCCACGGCGUGGACAUGGAUGGGCCUUUUGGCUCCGUGGUAGAGCGCUCCACCCUGCCUGACCGGCCGUCGACACCCCCAUCUGACCUGCGCCUGAGCCCUCUGACGCCGUCCACCGUGCGGCUGCACUGGUGCCCUCCCACAGAGCCCAACGGCGAGAUCGUGGAGUAUCUGAUCCUGUACAGCACCAACCACACGCAGCCUGAGCACCAGUGGACCCUGCUCACCACGGAGGGGAACAUCUUCAGUGCUGAAGUACACGGGCUCGAGAGUGACACUAGGUACUUCUUCAAGAUGGGGGCACGCACAGAGGUGGGGCCAGGGCCCUUCUCUGGCCUGCAGGAUGUGAUCACCCUCCAAGAGAAGCUCUCAGACUCCUUGGACGUGCACUCAGUCACUGGCAUCAUCGUGGGUGUCUGCCUCGGCCUCCUUUGCCUCCUGGCUUGCAUGUGUGCUGGUCUGCGCCGCAGCCCCCACAGGGAGGCCCUCCCUGGCCUGUCCUCCACGGCCACCACUGGGAACCCCACGCUGUACUCCCGAGCCCACCUUGGCCCCCCUAGUCCCCCAGCUGCCCAUGAACUGGAGUCCCUUGUACACCCUCGUCCCCAAGACUGGUCCCCACCGCCCUCAGACAUCGAGGACAGAGCUGAAGUGCACAGCCUUAUGGGUGGUGGCGUUUCAGACUGCCGGGGUCACUCCAAGAGAAAGAUCUCCUGGGCUCAGCCAGGUGGGCCGAGCUGGGCAGGUUCCUGGGCAGGCUGUGAGCUGCCCCAGGCAGGCCCCAUGCCCUCCCUGACCCGGGCCCUGCUGCCCCCUGCUGGAACUGGGCAGACGCUGUUGCUGCAGGCUCUGGUGUAUGAUGCCAUAAAGGGCAACGGGAGGAAGAAGCCUCCCCCAGCCUGCAGGAACCAGGUGGAGGCUGAAGUCAUUGUCCACUCUGACUUUAGUGCAUCCAAGGGGAACCUUCACCUCCAGCUCCGAGACCUGGAACCCGAGGAUCCCCUGCCUUCGGAGGCUCCUGACCUCACUUCGAGUGUUGUGGAUCUAGGGCAAGGGGCAGACUGGCUGGACAGGGAGCUGGGAGGGUGUGGGCAGACAACCACUGGGCCGGACAGACUUACCUGCCUGCCAGAGGCAGCCAAUGUUUCUUGCACCUACCCGGACCUCCAGCCCAGUGAGGCUCUGGAGGAGGCCCCUGGGAACAGCUGCCAGCCAAAGGCCACCCCCUGCCCUCUAGGAGCCAGCCCAGGCCUGCCCAGAGCCCCACUCCCCUCUGCUUAGCUCCCCCAGAGGGUACAGUUUGGAGCAGGCUGGUAUGGAUCAUGGGACGUGACACAUGUGGCCAUGCGUGUACACGUGUGUACCUGCAGAUGCUGAACAUCAAGCCAUUUGGAGCCUCCUAGGGUGCUCUGGCUGGGGGAGAGGAAGAAAUGGAUUAUUCACUCCCCUCA